CUGGAACCUUGGCCUGGAUAAAAUCAAUUGCUUAUCGAUAACAUCGGAACGAACUCACUUACAACUUAAUGUGGUCAAAGCUUACAACUCUAACUUGACGCUAAUUCUUCGGGGCUAGGGGCAGGUAACCACACAACAAUUUCGACUCUUCCUAAACCCAAAACUUCCAAAUUCUCGCCAAACUUUUUUCCCCAUUGUAUCUAAGCCAUUUUCCAGCAUCACCAACCGCCAACCCGAAUCCGACCGAACGUUCGUGAUAACCAAAUAUCGCAACAUAAAAAACCGCCAAUAUGUCUCACGAAUCCGUCUGGAACUCGCGACCGCGCAGCUACGGCAAGGGCGCUCGAUCUUGCCGAGUCUGCACCCACAAGGCUGGUUUGAUCCGCAAGUACGGCCUGAACAUCUGCCGUCAAUGCUUCCGUGAGAAGUCUACCGAUAUUGGCUUUGUCAAGCACCGAUAAACGCCUUUUCGGAUAGUCACUUUUUCCUACCACGAUAUCUCGCCAGGCAUCGUCGUCGACGCGAUUGCGGAAAUGGAGUUGUUGGGUUUUCAUUAGGAACAUGGUUACGCAUUUGCCUUGAGAGGCAUAGGCAUAGGCAUCGGCACGGGUCUUGCGCGUGGAGGAGGAAUGAGCAAAUGCGGCUCUUCAGUUCGACUAGACAACUAGACCACCACGACAAUGCCUACGAGAAUUCGAGCAUAAAUUAAUUCUAUGCGAUCCUGUGCGAAAAUGCGAACGUGAUUAUCUUUGGUAUUGCAGCACCUUCGGUCUCAUUUGACGAAGGCCUCAUGCUAUUAAGGAUUACCUAGGGACUUCAUCAGUAGGCGUAGGCGUAGGUGUAGGUAGGGUCAUGAUAUAUUCGGUAAUGCUAACGUUGAGAAUGAGACGAUAAAUCUGGCCGGAUAAUUCUAGUUCUCCCUUAUACGAGCAAUGCAUAUCCAAAUGGCUUUAUUGGAUCACUACGUUAUUACCUACACGGAUA